AUGAAGCACCGUCUUCAGGCUUCCGCGACAGGUAAUAGCUGGGCCCACCCGCAACGAUGGGAGGGCGCCGGGCGUGAGAUCCCUAUGCAACGCCACCCCUGGCAGCCCCUGCAGCAGGCUCCGCCCCCAGCCUCACUGUUUGUUAUUUUACUUUACACAAAAUUUAUCAAUGAGUGCCCUCGUGGACUGAUUACUCUCCAUGAAUUUCAAAGACACUUCUGUGAUGGUACAGUUGGCAGUGAGUCUUCAGAAUAUGCUGAGCAGAUAUUCAGAACGCUGGACAAUAAUGGGGAUGGGAUUGUUGAUUUCCGAGAGUAUGUGACUGCUAUAAGCAUGCUGAUUCAAGGCUCCCCUGAAGAGAAGCUGAGAUGGUCCUUCAAGUUGUGUGACAAGGAUAAAGACGGCGCUAUUACGCGAUCGGAAAUGCUAGAAAUUAUGCAGGCUGUGUAUAAAAUGAGUCUGGCUGCUUCUCUAACAAAAUCAAACCCUUUAACAGUGGAAGAAUGCACUAACUGGAUAUUCAGCAGACUGGACAAAGACAGAAAUGCUGUCAUCAGCCUCGAAGAGUUUAUCGAAGGAGCUUUAGAUAAUGACUGGAUACGUGAAAUGCUUGAGUCUGACCCCAACACAGUCAAACUGGAAAGACCUCAGAAAAUCCACUCUCCUAUCUAGCAAGCUGCCUACCUCUACAUGACUCGACACCAUUAAGGAACCCAACCUAUAGGGAAUUGUACAGCUCCUUAGCAACAGGCUAUUUAUUGCACAGUAGUUGCUGUGAUUUGAACAUUUUAAAGAGACACUGGCUAUGUAGCACUGUAAAAGUAGCAUUAUGAAUUUUCAAUGACUUACUGUUUUUGUGAGAAUUACGGGUUGUAGUUCAUAUAAUGACUUGAACUGUGCCACUAUGAAAUGCAACAUGCCUUAAUUUCUGAUUGGAGGAACUGCAUUGUUUUCAUCAUGUUUGUUAUUAAAAUGUUCAA